AUGGACCUUCCAUCUAUGUCUAAGGAGAAUUCCAGCGAGCUGAGGCUAAUUGCGGAUGGCGCGUCCAAGCAUGUACGUGCCCUACAAGCACUCCAGCGCCCAACAGCCCACUGGGAUGAUAUUCUUGUGUAUAUUCUAAGCGCUAAGCUCGACACAAUCACUCUGCGAGAGUGGCAGUCCUCUUUGGCCGGCACGGAGCUCCCGACUCUGAAGCAGAUUAUCGAGUUUAUAUCGCAUCGCUGUCAGAUUCUAGAAGCGACAGGCAAGUCUUCAAUCGUUUCAACCAAAAGUAACAAUCCGCGUAAUUCGUUACAGGCAAGGCGCCAGUCCGCAUGUACGGCAACAAUCGGUUAUAAAUGCAGUUUCUGCCAAGGCGACCACUCGAUUUAUAAAUGCAAGGAUUUUCUAGCCCUUCCAAUACCGCGUAGAAAUUCAGAAAUCCGUAGCCGCAAAAUCUGUAUCAAUUGUUUACGUUCUACAACGCAUGUAGCUAGCAAAUGCCCUUCAGGCGGUUGCAAAAAUUGUAAGGCCAAACAUAAUGCGCUACUGCACACGACAACCGUUACUAGCACACAAGAUCACGACAAGGAAAAUUGCGCGAAUCAGGUUAUAGCCACGUCUCAAGCGACCUUGGCCACACACGCGUCGAGUCUCUCUGACAAUAAAGGUGCUAUACUCUCGACUGCCGUGGUGUACAUCUAUGAUAAAGAAGACAGGCUCAUCGAGGGCCGUGCAUUGUUAGAUUGCGGUUCGCAGGCUAACUUUAUUUCCAGGAAAUUUUUAACCAAGCUUGGCUUAAAACCAAGAUCGAUAAGCGUAGUUAUCUCAGGGGUGGAUGGCGCGACCACCACGUCUAAUCAGAGCGUCCGCUUGAAGCUUCAAUCUCGCUUAAAUGCAUAUUCAACAGACAUCGAAUGUAUUGUCACCGAGCAAGUGACGGGCAAACUACCCGCGGCCACCUUAGAUCGUGGGGCUUUCGACAUUCCUCGCAAUUUAGAGUUGGCUGACCCGCAUUUUUAUAAAUCAUCUAAGGUUGAUUUAUUACUAGGUGUCGACGUAUUCUGGGACUUGGUAUGCGUGGGGCAGGUGCAGUCCUCACCCAAACACCCAACUCUGCAAAAGACGCGUUUAGGGUGGAUCUUGGCCGGUCGAAUCGGCCUUUCAUCGAGCAAUCCGCGAGGGGUAAGCACCUUUCACGCGACUAUAACUAACGCACAGAUACACGACCAGUUAAACCUCUUCUGGCAUCAGGAAGGUUGUGUUGGGCGCCCCAUUGAUCGUACCCUCGUGGAGAUUCGGUGCGAACAACACUUCUUAAACAGCGUUUCCCAAAACCCAGAUGGUAGAUUUGUGGUAAGGCUUCCCAUCAAGGAGCAUAUAAUCAGCGAAAUAGGUCGUUCAAGGGACAUAGCGUUAAAGCGUCUAAAGAACCUCGAGAAACGUUUUGAUCGUGAUCCUAACCUAAGAGUACAAUAUACGGAGUUCAUGAAUAAAUAUCUAACAUCAGCGCAUAUGAAGGUUGUAGAUGAACAUUCCGACGAAGUUUUUUACUUACCGCAUCAUUGCGUUUUUAAGGGCUCUGGUCAAUCUUCCAAAAUCCGCAUUGUCUUUGAUGCAUCGUGCAAAAGUAACACAGGCGUCAACGAUGUACUCACAACGAGACUGCAAAGAAUAUUGUGGCGCGAUAAUGUAAGAUCGGACAUCAAGGGAUUUGAGUUAACGACAGUUACGUACGGUACUUCCUCCGCCUCAUAUUUAGCGACGAGAUGUCUGACAUACUUGGCGGAACAACAUGAAGCGACGUUUCCGGUAGGAUCAAGAUGCGUCAGGCAAGACUUUUAUAUGGACGAUAUGCUCACGGGGGCAGACACGAUUACUGAAGCCGAGUUAAUAGUAAAGGAAGUUACGCAAUUACUACGACUAGGUUUAUUCGAACUCAGUAAAUGGGCAUCAAAUUGCCCACAGUUACUCGAUUAUGUGGGUGGUCAGCAUGGUGACUCAAUCGUCAUUAGUAGUAGCGAACAUCCACGCGUAUUGGGAGUUUUAUGGAGCCAAGCAAACGACAAGUUAGGGUUUUCGUAUAAGACGAACGUAGAUCAUCAUACGGUAUCAAAGCGCGCAAUAUUAUCAGAAACCGCUAAAUUGUUCGAUCCCUUAGGAGUGCUAGGGCCUAUUAUAGUUACGGCAAAAAUCAUCCUCCAAGAGCUUUGGCAAGCGGGUUGUCAAUGGGAUGAAUCCGUUCCUCAAGCCAUACAAUCACGAUGGCUAAAAUUCAAAUCGCAGUUACCUGAGAUAAACAGAUUGCAAAUUAAUCGAUGCGUCAAAUUUGCUUCAGAUCCUCGUCACGUUCAAAUAUAUGGGUUUUGUGAUGCCAGUCAGUGUGCCUAUGGAGCAUGCAUAUACGUCCGAACGGAGGGUAGCAACGAGUAUCGCUUGGAGAUUCUCUGUUCAAAAUCUCGCAUUGCACCUCUCAAGACGGUGUCUCUGCCAAGGUUGGAACUAUCCGCAGCAUUGUUACUAGCUCAGCUGUUGGAAAAGGUUAAAGAUUCUUUUGACCUAUCGCAAUAUGACAUCUUCCUUUGGUCGGACUCGACGAUAGCAUUAAAUUGGUUGACUUUACCUUCCCGGAAGUGGACAGCCUUCGUGGCCAACCGAGUCGGUGAAAUACAACGUAUCACUAGGAUAGAGUGUUGGGCUCACGUUUCCUCUGCUGAUAAUCCUGCGGACGUGUUAUCGCGUGGGCUCAAUCCCCACGAGCUGGCAAACUCUUCAUUGUGGUGGCAAGGCCCCGCCUUCCUACGAUCUCCUCAAGAUAAAUGGCCAAGCGGUGGAUUCAAUCGACUCGCGAAUGGCAUGCCGGAGGCGCGGGUAGUCUCUGCAGUCGUAGUUUCUUUGGAAGGUUCCGUAAUAGAUGAAUUGACAGGCAAAUUCUCUAGUUUAAAUAAAAUAUGUCGCAUUUUGGCCUAUUGCCUUAGGUUUCGCAGGGCGUGUCGCCCGAAUCCGCCGACUAGGUUUGCCUCACAUGACGAAAUGUUACGCGCACUAAAUAUAGCAUGUAGUACAAUACAAAGGGCCUCGUUCCCCGAGAAGUAUAAGGCAUUAAACAAGGGGGGACCCAUCAGCACAUCCAGUAAAUUGCUCUCACUAUCUCCCUUUAUGGAUGAAAUCGGUCUAAUUCGCGUGGAAGGCAGGUUGAAAAACUCCAAUCUAGGCGAGGCGCGACACCCGAUAUUGCUCCCUCGCGAACACGAUUUUACAAAACGCGUGAUAAAUCAUGAACAUGUAUGUAAUAUGCAUGCCGGCGCGCAGGCUACUAUGGCCGCCGUAAGACAGCGCUUUUGGCCUCUUGCACUACGGUCUAGUACGCGCAAAAUCCUUCGGAACUGCAUAACAUGCUUCAGAGCCAAACCGGUUCCAUCAGAGGCAUUCAUGGGCUCCUUGCCGGCCAGUCGCGACACGGUAUCAAUGCCAUUUUCGCAUUGUGGCGUAGACUACGCUGGUCCAAUUGUAAUCAAAGAGGUCAAACGUCGAAACGCCCGUAAUAGCAAGGCAUACAUUUCCAUUUUCGUAUGCUUCGCCACAAAGGCGGUGCAUAUUGAACUAGUGAGCGAUCUCACUUCGGACGCGUUCAUCGGUGCGCUUAGAUGUUUUAUAUCCCGAAGAGGUAAACCGAUAUGUAUAUACUCUGACAAUGGAACUACAUUUACAGGAGCUAACAACCAGCUUAAGGAGAUCCGAGACUUCCUCAAUUCUCAGCAAGUGCAAACGGAUGUAAAACAAUUCCUUUGCGAACAAGAAACUGCGUGGAGCUUCAUCCCACCUAACGCGCCUCACUUCGGAGGAUUGUGGGAGGCAGCCGUGAAGGCGGCCAAGUAUCACAUGUCGCGAAUCAUUGGCAAGGCUCACUUAACCUUCGAGGAGUUGCAGACGGUACUUGCUGAGAUUGAGGCAAUCUUGAAUUCGCGUCCUCUUACACAAUUAAGUAGCGACCCGAAUGACUUCUCCUACCUCAGUCCAGGGCAUUUUCUGGUCGGAACGGUUAUGAAUAGCCUUCCUUGCCGAGACUUAUGCGACGUGAACGAGAACCGACUGACGCGAUGGCAGCGAGUAGACCAGAUGAGACAGCAUUUUUGGAAAAGAUGGAGCACCGAGUAUCUCCAUUCCCUGCAAGAGCGCCUUAAGUGGAAGGUCAACAAAGGUGCACAAUUAAAAUCUGGACAGCUCGUGCUCGUAAGACAACAAGGCCUAGCUCCGAUGCAAUGGUUAUUAGGGCGAGUCCAAGAAGCUCACAUCGGUUCCGACGGUAUCGUACGGACCGCUACUGUUCAAACGAUCAAGGGGUCAUGCGUGAGACCUCUCUCUAAACUAGCGAUACUGCCUAUAGAGUCAUAA